CACCUGUUAUAGAUUAUUAUCAGUUGAAUAUAGGUUAAUACUUCACUCACUGUGGGUUAAACAAGAAAAUGGAGAAAGACUUUUUUAAAAUGUCCUGUACUUUUUUCAUUAUGUUUGCACUGAUUAUGUACCAAGUUUAACUGCAUGGGGAAACCAUGCGGAAUGGGAUUUCAUUCCUUAAUGAUUAGUGCUGAUUGAAUCAAAAUUGAUUCCUGAAUGCACUUGCAGUCAACCGACAGAAUGGAGAAAGAUGUUUUUGGAUAAACUUUAUGUCAUCUUAAAUGCUAAUGACACGAUUACAUUCUGUUGUGAAGGUGCUUAUGCUUGCUUUCUCAUUACAUCCAUUUUAAAAUUACAUGCAAUCUAAAUCAAUUACAGCAUAACACAUUUUUUGAAGUGCUUAGUUGUUUGUCAAUUGUGAUUUUAGAUAUCUCAGCAUCUAUUACCCAAAAAAAAAGCUACUAUAGCUGAUAAAGUGCACUGAAGGUUAAUGGGUAUCAAUAAUUUUUGUGCAUUCCAUAGAUUGGUUCUCUUUUCAGGAAUUUUUGGUCUAUCCGGUGGUAUAUUUGCUAUAAUCUGUUUCUCAUCCGGUUGGCUCACCUGUGCAUGUGGACAUAUUUUGAAUAGGUUCUUGCAUGACAAGGUUAAGCCUCAUGUUGUGCAUCGGGAUAUUCGUGCUAGUAGUGUUCUGCUGGAUGAAGAGUUCGGAGCCCAUUUAAUGGGGGUUGGUCUUUCCAAGUUUAUGCCAUGGGAAGUGAUGCAUGAGAGAACAAUGAUGGCAGGUGGCACAUAUGGGUACCUUGCUCCAGAAUUUGUUUACAGAAAUGAACUUACUACAAAGAGUGAUGUCUACAGCUUUGGGGUGCUGCUUCUUGAAAUAGUCACUGGGCGUAGGCCUAUGCAAGCAGUUGAUUCGGUGGGCUGGCAGAGUAUAUUUGAGUGGGCCACUCCUCUGGUGCAGGCGCACCGCUACCCUGAGCUCUUGGAUCCUCUUAUAACCCCACCCUCCUCGGAUGUUCCAGAAGCUGGAGUCAUUCAGAAGGUUGUGGACCUUGUAUAUGCUUGCACGCAGCAUGUGCCAUCAAUGCGCCCAAGAAUGUCUCAUGUUGUUCAUCAGCUACAACAGUUGGCACAGCCAUGAGCCACCCAUUCUGAAGUAAGUUAAGCUGAAAUGGAUUGCUAAAUAUUAGAUAUCUGCAACGCCAUUUUUAUCCAAGUGGUCGAGGGCUGAGGUUAAUUGUGCAGCAUCAUGAGAUGCAAUAGUUUCACUACUAACUUAGAU